CUCCUCAUUCUUCUCCAUUCUCACUGCAGACAUGUCCUCCUGGCUCCUCUCUUCCGUCCUCUCCUCUGUCCCCCCGUCCGUCCUCCUCCUUUGUGUCCUGCUGGUUGGUUUGAUCCUGGUCUUACGCCGUCUCGUCCCUGGAGCCGGACCUCUGUCCUCUCCGGCCCCAGCUCGGGGCUCCAUCCCCUGCCUCCCUCGGCUCCCCGUCCUGGGCAGCCUCCCCUGGCUGGGGGGGCGCCUCCCCCCUCACCUCCUCUUCACCCAGCUGGCACACAGGUAUGGACGUCUGUUCGCCCUCUACCUCGGCCCUCACUACACAGUGGUGGUGAACGACCAUCAGCAUGCCAGAGAGGUCCUUUUGCAAAGAGGAAGGGACUUCGCUGGACGGCCCAGUAUGGUCACCACCAACCUGUUGACCAGAGGAGGAAAAGACAUCGCCUUCUCAGACUACUCUCCUCUCUGGAAGCUCCACCGCCGCCUCGUCCACAACUCCUUCACUCUGUUUGGAGAGGGAACGGGACGACUGCAGGACAUCGUCCUGUCUGUGGUGGACAGUCUCUGCGUGGAGCUGUUGACCGGUCCCCAGCAUCGUGGCUUCGACCCGUCUCCCGCGGUAACCAGGGCCGUCACCAACGUCGUGUGCAUGCUGGUGUUCAGCGCCACCUAUCGCCACGGAGACGCCGAGUUGCAGGAGGUGAUCCGGUACAACGACGGGAUCGUGCAGACGAUCACUAGGGGAGGACUGGUGGACGUCUACCCCUGGCUGCAGGUCUUUCCUAACAAGUCCCUCAGUAAACUGAAGGAAUGUGUCACCGUCAGAGACCGACUACUGACCCGAAAACUGGAAGAACACAAGGCGUCGCUGAGUGACGGGGACCCCCGUGACCUCCUAGACGCCUUGUUAAAGGGCCAGACGGGAGGUCAAAGGUCACCCGGGUCGAAGGAGGAGGGGAUCACGGACGACCAUGUCCUGAUGACGGCCGCUGAAGCUUUCGGAGCCGGAGUGGAGACCACGUCCACCACGUUGCUCUGGAUCCUGGCCUACCUGCUGCACCACCCCGAGGUCCAGGAACGUGUCCAGAAGGAAUUAGACGAGCAGGUGGGCGGGGAGCGGCCGGUGGGUGUGUCCGACCGCGGCCGGCUGCCCUACCUGGACUGUGUCAUCAACGAGGGCAUGAGGAUCCGACCGGUCAGCCCCGUCCUCAUCCCCCACACCGCUAUGACAGACAGCAGUAUCGGAGGUCACCCUGUCUGUCACGGGACUCGUGUUUUGGUCAACUUGUGGUCAGUUCACCACGACCCUCAACACUGGGACAAACCUGAUCUGUUCAACCCAGGUCGUUUCCUGGACGACCAGGGUCAGCGGGUCAUGCCCUCCUGCUUCCUGCCUUUUGGGGCGGGGCCUCGUGUUUGCGUCGGCGAAUCGUUGGCCAGGCUGGAGCUCUUCCUCUUCCUGUCCUCUCUGCUCCAGCGAAUGAGCUUCAGGCGGCCAAACGGGGCUCCCCUGCCUAACCUGCAGGGGCAGCUGGGUGUGGUCUUGCAGCCGUUGCCUUAUAAGGUUGUGGUGGUACCGAGGGCGGGGUGGGAGAGUGGGGUGAAGUGAAAUGGGGGAGGGACUUCAGCUGCCUUCAAAUUAUAACUUUAGUUUUUUCCAGGUAGUGUAUAUUGUAAUUUAGCCAGAUAUCAUUAUGUUAGCUUGUUAGCAUCUGUGACUUGUAAACAGUUGCAUACCAGCGACGUUUAGCUGAUGUCAUCACUUGAAUGUCACGAGUGUCUAUGUUGCAACAACUGUGCGUUACAGUCAAGCUAACUACACUGUGCUAAAUGCUAACACAUGUUACAAUAAACCAUAAAAACAAUA